AUGCUAUCUGUUGUCCUGUUUGGGGGACUUUUCGCCCUCAUUGGCACUUCCAGGGGCUCACAGUCCUUCACUUACUCCAUGAACCCUCGCCUGCAUCCCCGCCUGUACCAUGGCUGCUAUGGUGACAUCAUGACCAUGGAGACCUCUGGUGCAGCCUGUGACAUCAACAGGUUGAUAUCCUGCGGCAUCCACGGUUCUGAAAUGUUUGCUGAGAUGGAUCUGAGGGCCUUGAAGCCUUACCGAACGCUGAUCAAAGAAGUCGGGCUGAGGCACUGUGUGGACCCAGCUCUCAUUGCUGCCAUCAUCUCCAGAGAAAGCCAUGGGGGCACCAUCCUGCUAGAUGGCUGGGACCACAGAGGACUUAAAUUUGGCUUGAUGCAGCUCGAUAAAAAAAUUCAUCACCCGGUUGGUACCUGGGACAGCAAAGAACACCUUUUGCAGGCUGUUGCGAUUCUAACAGACAGAAUUAAGGCAAUCCAGAAAAAAUUUCCCACGUGGAGUGUGACUCAACACCUCAAAGGUGGUCUCUCAGCCUUCAAAUUGGGAACAGAAUCCAUUGCCAGCCUCACGGACAUAGAGGAUGACCUCGUCAAUGAUAUUUUAGCCCGAGCUAAAUUCUAUAAGAGACAUGGCUUCUAG